AUGCGAUGUAACUCUCUUAUAGAGUAUGUUAAAUGGAGAAAGCUGUGGCGUUUUAGUCUACAGGUAAAUACUCUAAAAUUAGCGUCUGCAGUAACGGGACAAAAUAUUUAUUUCCCCCUGUUUAAGUUUGCAGGCGUUUGUCCUUUGCAGUUAACAUUGAAAAUGGACAAUGGCGCACAGGCAUCAACACGUACUCCAGCAGUAGAAGUCUCAGAAAGUAGUUUACAACAAUCUUCUGCUGACAACAUGCAACUAGGAUCGAACACUUCAGUAUUACCCAGCAAAAGUAAGAACCGUGUGGCAAUUCAAGGAAAAGCUACACCUGGACCAUUACCAGUUGAAGCGGAACCUCCAUCUUCGCUUUUGGAACUGCCAACCGAAAUAAUAUCAUAUAUUUUUGAGUACUUAAGCUAUGAACAACUGAGCAUAUAUAGAGCAGUGUGUAAGACCUUUGACACCAUUGCGCAGUCAAAACUGAACAUCGCUUUUAAGCGACUUAAUUUGGAACUAGAGUCCGCUAUGCAGGAAGUAAAACGUAUGCUUCCAAAAAGGGAGUCGAAAAGAAGGUACCAUCCAUUAGCACGAAUUAGUGAAACUUACUCAGUUCUGGAAACUCGCUUCGCGCUCUUGAACAUGACUUUUAAACGAUACAUAGAAGAUGGCGCUUCCUGCUUCAUAGCUGGAAAAAUUCUUGAUGAAGCGUUCUGCGUGUUACAUUAUUUAGGUAGAUGUGUUAAGAAGAAAGAGCAGCCAGAAGAUGCCCAAGACUUGCUUAAAGAUAUACGUGAUUAUUCGAGCAUGGCUAUUGAGUAUUUUGAUGAUCACAUCGCUCCUACACUUCAAACAAGUGAUCCAUUUUCUUUUCCUUGUCGUUCGAGAAGUUGCUUUGCUUCCAGUGCUCUCCCAGCCCGUUCCCCCUUCACUGCAGUGUCAGUAAACAGUAGUCUGGCCACACCUUCUACGUCACGUACCGCGUCCAGCCCGCUCUCAGUAAUAGAAUUUGCAAAAAUGAAUGAGUGGAAGAAAAGUUUAGAGGAGAAAAUCAGGAUACAAGAGAAGACAAUUGCAGAACAAGGGCGCGUCAUAAAAGAACAUAGUGAUGCUAUUAGUCAUAUAAUCAGGUGCUUACAAAAGGUAAGCCCUGAAAUCUCAGCAACUUAUUUGAAAAACCUCAUGUGUUCAAAUACGUCAGAAUCAGCUGAGUGCAAUUCAAGUCACGGUGUAUUAAAGAGGAAGUGUUCAGGGACUGAUGAUAUUAGUGUAAAAAAACAAUGCACGUGGUAA